GGAAAGGGCCCAUGUGAUCGAGCGCGUCAAGGCAAUCGUCAUCACACGCAGUCUGCGGAAACCGACUGUGCCGUUUACAUUGGAGAUGGAGUUGGACACUAGUCCGUUUCUCAGAGUCAGGCAAUUCUUCGCCAGAGGUUUUGGUGUUAUGACUUCCUGGAAUUCAUCUUGAGAAGCAUCUGUGGUCCCUUUUGUGAGGGGAAAACACGUCAAAGAUCAUGAUGCUUUGAGUUUUUUCAAGAUGAAUUACUGUGAUGUCUAAUGGUGGUUCUGAAAAGCGAGGAGACGAGGUUUUUCGGAAUGUGCGAGCCUUGAGAAAUAACUUCAAAGUGGUGCGACCUUGGGGUCAGAAGGAAAUGGAGGCAGCUCUGGAAGUACCGGGAUCACCAUCGAAAAAACCGAAGUUUUAAGGGAGUUUCUAAUACAAAUAAUGUUUGUAGAAGAAACGUGGAGGAACUGGAAGUUUUGAACUUUUGGGAACGUAGUCACUGGAUGUUCGUAGAAGAGGAAGAUAGAGAUGAAGAAUAACGAAAUCAGUAGCAGACUGCUCCUGGUGUUGCAACUGUACUAAAGUGUAAAAAUAGUAGAAGCAAGUAGAGAAUAAUUUCGUAUGAUGGGUUUUGGAUUUCAAACAUCAUGAAGAUAUAGUAGAAGUUCUUGAAAACAAACUCUAGGAUUACUAGACUAAGUGAAAGUUGUAAAUCAAUGUCACCAAUAAAGACCAAAACGAUUGAAAUGCAGAGCAAAGUUCUCUGAAAACCACUUGUACAUCUAUCUCUAUGAAACAUUACGCGCAUGACCAUGAAAAUUGGAAGUUCUUGUGGGUGUGCCUAAUUUUCUAGUUACAUCCCGCAUUGAAAUAAAAUCCAUACUUCUAGAAACCGAAUCCCUGUUGUCUUCUUUGGACCCAGAAUAUUUGCAUCAUAUGAUCAGUGACAAUCGCAUUUCUAUCCUCUGCGUGGCUUGAGC